UCAUGUGUCCACCACCAGCCCGACACCGCUCACAGGGACCCUAUAUAAACCGUGCAGCUGUCAGGUGGAGGACACUGGAGGGACGACUCUCUUUAGGGAAUUAACAGCUCCACAUACUCACAGAUCAGAACUGUAACCAUCAUGUCUUGGGGAUACGCAGCGACCAACGGACCAGACAAAUGGGCUGAUAACUUCCCUAUCGCCAAUGGACCCCGCCAGUCUCCCAUUGACAUCGUACCUGACUCAUCUUCCUACGACUCUGGGCUGAAGCCUCUCAACCUGAAGUACGACCCCUCCACCUGCCUGGACAUCCUCAACAACGGACAUUCCUUCCAAGUGUCCUACGUAGAUGACACCGACAGCUCAACUCUGAGGGACGGACCCAUCUCAGGAGUCUACAGGCUCAAGCAGUUUCAUUUCCACUGGGGUGCUUGUGACGACAAAGGCUCCGAGCACACCGUAGCCGGGACCAAGUAUCCUGCUGAGCUCCAUCUGGUGCACUGGAACACCAAAUACGCAAGUUUUGGUGAGGCAGCUAGCAAGCCUGAUGGGCUCGCUGUUGUUGGAGUAUUCCUGAAGAUUGGUGCUGAAAAUGCCAGUCUCCAGAAGAUUCUUGACGCCUUUAAUGACAUCAAGUCCAAAGGCAAGCAGACCACUUUCUGUGGUUUCGACCCCUCUACCUUGCUCCCUAGUUGCCUAGACUACUGGACAUACGACGGCUCCCUGACCACGCCCCCUCUGCUGGAGAGCGUCACCUGGAUUGUCUGCAAAGAGCCAAUCACUGUCAGCUGUGAACAGAUGGCCAAAUUCCGCAGCUUGCUCUUCUCCGCUGAGGGUGAGGCCGAGUGCUGCAUGGUGGACAACUACCGCCCUCCCCAGCCGCUCAAGGGUCGCCCCGUCCGUGCUUCCUUCAAGUAAAAUCCCUUCCCCCCCCUGUUUGCCCUUUCUGCCCUGUUGCCCUCUCCCUUCCCCCCGCCCUUUAGUCAGAGUUACUUCUCUUGAAGUGAGCCACGAAGCACACAUAUCUCUCUCCAUCCAAUUUUUAAAAGAAAUUAAAUUCCUCUUCUGUGGCCCAUUGCUUUUAAAAGGCUGUGCCGUCUAACUGUGACAUGAAGCACUUGCACUUGCAGGAUUUGCAUCUCUGUAUUUUAAUGUGUGUGAAAAAGCCAGCAAAGAUGCCCUGUUAUAAUUUAUUCUAUAAGACAAACACUUCACAAUGGCUGCGACACGUUUACUAGGACUCAGCAGCCGGUGCCAAUGUUUUCAGAGACAUUGCAAACACCACGAGAAUGAAAAAUGAAGAUGAGCCUUAGUCAAAAUGGUGCUCGAGAGCCAGCAGAAAGCUAGUCGCGGCAGGCGGGGGGGAGGAUGAAACUACCAUCACCAUCUGUGAGGAGGGUACGGUGCAGAUAAAAAGACGCACACACAUACACUCCCUGUGCCAGUCUGUCUGUAAUCUCUGACUGACUGCCAGCCUCUGCAUCACAGCAGCUUAAUGAAACGCUGCAGCCGCCUCCAUCACAACCGAUUGACUCAGAAAAUCCCCCUCUGGCACCCACACAAACACACAACAUGGUACGCACAGUCGAAUGCAGACACGAUGCCUAUAGGCGCUGACCUGCUUAUUGAUCUGAAUUCAGCGUAGAGCAACAAAGGACAGGCUGCUGCUAGUGCUAGACACCGAACAUCAUGACAAUGGCUUAUUUCUCUUAUUUUUAAAUCUUCAAAUGUGAUUGUCAUUCCAUGUUGUGCUUUUAUUAGUAUUAUGGAUUUUUUUUCUUCAGUCUUAAGUGAUUCCUAAAUUAUGUUUUUGUAAGCAAAAGCUCAUCUGCAUUUUUGAUGCCCUGACGAUAUAGCAAUAGAGAGGAAUUAUCCUCCUUUUUCAAAAUGAAAUGUGUAAAGGAAAUUUCUUUGUGUUGUUUUGAAAAACGCCAGCGUGUGGAGUGCUAAAGCUUAAAACGCACAGUCGCCAUGUGGGCGAAGCCAUAACAGCUAAUGCACAAAGCCAAGGAAUAAAUUACCCUGCCAAGGACGACGAGGAAGAAAAGAAGCUACCAAGAGAUCAGAUCAUAGUGUCAGGCCCUGUAUAGGAGAAGAGUUAACAAAAGACCACGAGAGGACCUUCUGAAACGAUAAAGAAAGAUUGUAAUUAACAUAAAAAAGGAAAAAAUGCCUUAUGCCAAUCAUUGUUAGGGCCGUCCUAUGUGUUGUUGUCAUUCUAUUUUGGAAGUGGACGUUUUACUAGUUAAAUAAAUAUAUUUUAUGACUAACAA